AUGGCGAAUAUCAAAGUAUGCGAUGAUCCUUUGGAAAUUUGCGCAGGUGUCGUUUUCAAACAGAACCUUCCUUCAAUAUUUCUAUUAUCAGAUGUCGAUUUCAAUAAGACCUUAAUACCUCCAUAUUAUAAUUAUCUUCAAGAUUUUUUUGUCUCAAAAAAGAAAAACAUAUCGUUUUGCCUUGUUACGAAGGUAAUGUCAACCAUUGGAACGGCAAUGUUCUGCUAUCUCGAAAAUCCGGAGAAGUUCAUACGAUCGAAUCGAACGCUUUCUAAAGAAAAAUAUGAAAAGAGGUCUUGCAAGAGUAACGAAGUGAAAUAUUCGGCACUCAUUGGGAAUCGAAAUAAUUUGAUUGUCACACGUCAUCCAAUCGAACGAUUCAUUUCUGGAUUUGCAGACAAAUGUCGAAGCUCAAGUUCGGAAGUGUGUCACGGAUGCAAACGUGAUGUUCGGUGCUUCAUCAGAAAAGAGUACCGACGACUUAUGCGAAUCUCGAUGUUUCUUCCAGUCUACACUAUGGAAGAUACUCAUUUUGCCCCGCAGACAUGGUUUUGCGAUAUGAAGAACCGUCUGCAUAAUUCGACAGUUAUCCAAUAUCCGAGGAUAUGGGAAGAUCCGAGUAGAAUGACAAUGCAAAUAAUCGAUUUUUUUCGCAAAAAUAAUGUUGACAGCAAACGUAUUGAUGAGAUUUCUAAACAAUUGCAAGACAAAACAAGUCACGCCACAGUUGGGACAUCCUUCCAUGCCGAAGUCGAGAAUCUAGUAUGGUCUGACCCAAGUAUUCGAUUGGCAUUAAUUCGAAUGUAUUAUUAUGAUUUCGUUGAGCUAGGGUAUGAAAUUCCAUGGUGA